AUGUCUCAAGAAUCUAGAAUCCCCGAUGUCUACGGUCCCGGUUCCUACACCGACCGGACCUUUGUCCCGGUAACCCAGGACACUGAGCGCAUCUUCAGACUCAUUGCUGCUCAAACACCCGGCUUCACUCAAGAUGAGAAGCUUCUGUCCAAGGUCAAGUUUGUUGGCGAGGACUUCCCGGUCAUUCCUGGUCCCCUCAAGGCCGUCUCCGUGGCCGCUUCCCUGCACGCCAUGGCUGGUGUCGUCGCCGACGAGAUCCUUGCCAUCAGAGGCGUCAAGGACGACAACCGCCAAAUCACCGUCAACACCACUCACGCCGCCUUCUGGUUCGGCUGCAUCGCCACCGCCUUUGUUGGGGGUGAGGAUGUCGUCUCCCUCACCAAGCAGGGCAAGCUCAAGCAGAUCCUCCCCGACUUUGAGCAGGGCUGGACUGCCACCCCUCUGAGAUACCGUACCACUGGUCUCUACCCGACCGCCAACCCGGACGUCUGGUACUCUCUCCACGGAUCCAUGAACGCUGCCCCCGUGCUCCGAUCCAUUGGCAUCGACCCCGAAACCCCCGUCAAGUCCAACCAGGAGGCUGCCGAGCUCAUUGCCAAGCACACCAGCCAGCUCACCCCCGAGAAGCUCGAGUUCAACAACCUGCUCAACGGUCUCUGCGGCAGCGUCUGCUUCAGCCCCAAGGAGUGGAACGAGAGCGAGAUGGGCAAGUCUUUGGCUGCUCACCCCUUUGUCAACGUCAAGGCCCAGACCCAGGCCAUCCCCACUGCUCCCGUCGCCUUCCCGCCCCUGGACCCCAGCGACAAGCGUCCCCUGGCCGGUGUCAAGGUCGUUGAGAUGACCCGUGUCAUUGCCGGACCCCAGAUCGGCACCAUGCUGGCCAGCUUCGGUGCCGACGUCAUCCGUGUCAACCCUCCUCACCUGCCCGACAUCAACAUCAUGCAGCUCACCCUCAACGCCGGCAAACGCACCAUUGGUAUUGACCUGCGCAAACCCGAGGAUGCUGCCAUCCUGCAGAACCUGAUCAAGGACUGCGAUGUCUUUAUCCAGGGCUUCCGUCUCAACAAGAUGCCCAAGUUCGGCCUCGGCAUCAACGACAUUCUCAGAAUGGCUGGCGAGCGCGGCCGCGGCAUUGUCCACGUCUCCGAGAACUGCUACGGUCCUGACGGAUACUACGCUGAACGCCCCGGCUGGCAGCAGAUUGCCGACGCCGCUUCGGGUGCCGCCUACGUCACCGGCCGCUCGCUCAAGCUGGCCGGCAGCGAGGCCGUCCUGCCCUCGCUCCCCGUCUCGGACAUGACCACUGGUGUCCUCGGCGCCCUCGGCACUCUGAUUGCCCUCCGCGACCGCGCCACCAAGGGCGGCAGCUACUCGGUGCACGCCUCGCUCACGGCCGUCAACACCUUUGCCCUCAAGGAGGAGGUCGGCCUGUACUCGCCCGAGACCGUGGCCGAGUGCGCCGAGCGCUUCCAGUGGGAGGAGAUGCGCGGCUCGCACCACGUGCUGGACCUGCUCCUGACCGUGUGGAACGGCUGGAAGCGCGUCCUCGGCGACAAGCUCGAGGAGAACAGCGGCUGGUUCCAGACCUUUGAGCAGAGCGCCUACGACGGCGGCAAGAGGCUCAGCAUCCUGAACCCCGUUGUCAAGCUGAGCGAUGCCGCCAGCACCCCCAAGUGGUCCACCCCCAGUGUGCCCUACUGCCAAGAGAAGGCCGAGGGCAUUGCCUUCCACUAA